AUGUCUGCACGAACAUUUCACGCCGACGCCGUCCUCUUUGACAUGGACGGAACACUCACAGACUCGAUUUCCGCCGUCGAAGCAGCAUGGGGCAAGGUCGCAAAGGACAUCGGGCAGGACCCGGCCUACGUGAUCGCCGCCACCCACGGCAAGCGCGCCGUCGACAACCUCGCGCAGUUCAAGCCCCACAUCAAGGCGCACGAGAUGGACGAUGCCGUCCAGGAUUUCGAGGAGACCAUCCUCUAUUACGCCGACGCCUACCACAGGCAUGGUCCUGGCAGCCAAAGCAACUCGCCUUGGACAAGAACUCCCAUGACUCCUUUGACCCCUGCUUAUUCGGGCUUCGCUACCCCCGAGCUGUCUAUCUCGCCAGGCUCCUCUGCUCCCUCAUCCCGCCCCGUUUCGCGCGCCCCAUCCAUGACCGCGGCUCGUCGUCCCUCUUUCGGUACAUCACUCGGCAACCUCCUUUCCAUGUCAGUAAUGUCCGACACCGACAUGCACGUUUUCGACGAUCCGAUCAUGGAAGAUGUUCACGAAGAGAUGGUGCAACAGGAGCGCGAAGGCGGUCUCAGCGCCUCGAAGCCGAAACAUCUCGAGGAGCACGAGUUCAAAGCAUGGCAGAUCGAGGCCGCCAGCGUCGAUCGCUCAGUGCAGAUCCUCCCUGGCGUCAAAAGGAUGAUUGAAUCUAUCCCCGAGGGCCGGUAUGCAGUCGCGACCUCCGGCGCAAAGACCUACGCCUAUGGCUGCAUGACUCGCGUCGGCAUUAUCCCUCCGCCUGUCACCAUCACGGCCGACGACAAGCGCCUCAAGGCCGGCAAGCCCGCACCCGACCCCUUCCUCCUCGCCGCCAAAUGCCUCGGCUUUGACGCGAAGAAGUGCGUCGUCUUCGAGGAUUCGCCUUCGGGCAUUCGCGCGGGCGUUGCAUCAGGGGCGACCGUCAUUGCUGUGUGCACGAGCCACGAGCGCUCGAAAAUCGAGAAUUGUGGUGCGCACUUCAUCGUUGAGAAUAUGCAGAAGGUGCAUUGUGUUCCCUGCGAGGUCGACGGAGAACUGAAGCUGCAGUUCGUGAUUGAGCCGUGA